AUGCCGCAACUUAUCGUGACGUCUGACUACUUGCUUAUGUUUACGCUAUCUAAUUUGCACUGUCCGCCACAUUUUUACAAAGUACGUAAGCAGUCCGGGGCAUUCUUGUGGGAUGCGACAGUGGUUUUAACAUUUACAGACGUUGGCUUGGGUUUGACUAAUGCUGAAUUCCAUGGGCAAAGUAAUAUUUCCGAAGACGAUGCCAAAGAUCUCGCUGCCCAGAACGGACUUGAAUUUUUGAAAAACAAGUUUGACGUUCAAAUAAAUUAUUACCACACACAUCGAUUGGAAAUUUUGACUAAAUCUAUGGACAAUAUUCUUGAACAUUGCGGUGGAGACCCUAUGUCAUACAUAGGGUUGAUGAUGCCUGUGCUAUCGGUAAGUUGUGAAUCAUUGUUAGUUGGUGGCUUGAAAAUCUUAUCCAUGCCAGCCCCGAUUUAUGAUACGGACCACACAGUGGGCGGUUGGUUUUUUUGCCGUGUGACGUUCACAUAUAGACAUCUUCGAUCAAAAGAUUUGGUCGAUAAAGUUAUAAUCGCGCGUUGUGACAGUGCAAGAGAUGCAAGGGAAACAGCAUCUAGACAGGCUUUGGAAUUCUUGGAAGAGGCUUGCGGAUUGCGAAUUAUUGAUCCCAGUUUCGCGGACCUGCGCCGAAUCGAGCGUUUUUUGGUGUUUUUGGCGCAGAAUUUCCAGGCCAGCAUGUCUAAGCAUUUUAUUUCGCGACGCCGCAAGCGUCGGCAUGAUUUGAUGCUGAAUUCCCAAUCCAAUGAGCCUUCUAAAUUGACAGAGCUACAAAACAGCGUUGUCAAUGUAUACAAGGGACCUGAAUGCGAGUGUCCUGAUUGUGGAGCUCUUUUCUGGCGUGCCGAGGCAAUAAAACAGACUGCAGGUCGCAGAUUGCCAGAGUUUAAUAUGUGUUGUAAGAAAGGCAUGGUACGAUUGCCAGCAUUGCAAAAACCCCCGGAUUUUCUUCAUGCUCUACUAAACGACACAGUAUAUACAAAAUCUAAGAAAUUUCGUGAGUGUAUUCGAAUUUACAAUGCAAUGUUUGCAUUUACCUCGGCAGGUGGAAAGAUUGAUUACGACAUUAAUAAAAAACCAGGACCGUAUGUAUUCCGUAUUAGUGGGCAGAAUUAUCAUGCGAUAGGUUCUCUUUUGCCAGCCGAUGGAGAGAAGCCUAAAUUUGCCCAGUUGUACGUUUUCGAUACAAUUAACGAAGUUAGCAAUCGAAUAUCAUGCUUUAACCAGAAUAGUUCUCCAAAUUCGAUUGAUGAAACAAUUGUCACUAGACUUAUUGAAAUGUUUGACGAAUGCAACGACAUUGCUAAAUCAUUUAGAAUGGCGCGUGAUAGAUUUGUUGAAGAUUCUUUAGUGCCAAUAAAAUUGAAGUUAGUUGGUCGAAGAGAAUAUGACACUGAUCAAUACGCUGCUCCAGUAGCGAGUGAAAUUGCUGGACUUUUAGUUGGGGAUUUCGGUUAUUAUGACAAGAAUCGUGAUAUUGUGGUCGAAUAUAAGACUGGGGAUUUACAGAGAAUUAGUUGUUUGCAUCCCAGUUUCAUGGCGAUGCAGUUUCCAAUAUUAUUUCCGUACGGCGAAAGAGGUUAUACAAUAGACAUUCCGUACGCACCUACCACUAGAAAUAGACGCGUGAAGCGGGCUCAUAUUACAAUGCGAGAAUACUAUGCUUAUUUCAUUCAACAACGCAGAUCUGAUCAGUCAGCUUUGUUGCGAGGUGGUCGUCUAUUUCAACAAUUUAUUGUGGAUGCUUUCACGUGUAUAGAACAAGAGCGUUUAGAUUUUAUUAAACAAAAUCAGAAAGCUCUUCGCUCAGAGAUAUAUAGUGGUAUACGCGACGCUUUUUUUCGUGGUGAUACUGAAAGUGAUAACAUAGGCAAACAUGUCAUACUGCCUGCCUCUUACACUGGGAGUCCACGAUAUAUGAUGGAACAUUACCAUGAUGCUAUGGCUAUUUGUCGUGUCUUCGGUCAUCCUGAUCUGUUUGUUACAUUCACAUGCAACCCUGCGUGGUCUGAAAUUUCUGGUAUGCUAGCGCUUAUGGAUGGACAAACGGCAGAAAAUCGGCCUGACAUUGUGGCUCGUGUUUUUAAAUUUAAGGUUGACAUGCUUAGCAAAUACAUAAAGAAUGGCAAGUACUUUGGGCCGAUUACUGCUUUUUUAUAUACAGUAGAAUUUCAAAAAAGGGGCCUUCCGCACAUUCACUGUUUGAUUUGGCUUGCUACAUCGCAGAAACCGCUCACAACCGCCCAAAUAGAUAACUUUAUAUGUGCUGAAUUGCCAGAUCCUGAAGUUGAUUUACAAUGCAGCAAGUUAGUAAUUAAAUUUAUGAUUCACGGCCCGUGUGGUGUUUUGAAUGAAAAAAGCCCAUGCAUGCGCAAAGGAAAAUGUUCAAAGCAUUUCCCUAAGAAAUUUAGAGAUGAAACUUAUAUGGAUGAAAAAGGGUUUGGAAUAUACAAACGGCGAGACAAUGGAAUGUAUGUCGAAAAAAAUGGUAUUAAAAUUGACAAUAGAUUUGUAGUGCCAUACAAUCCAAAAUUGUUAAAAGAUUUUGAAGCGCAUUUAAAUGUAGAAUUUUGUUGUUAUUCAUCAUUAGUUAAGUACUUAUUCAAGUACAUUAGCAAAGGUUCCGAUAGAGUACGUGCCGUACUUGAAAAUGGUUCUGAUGCUACGGGCGAAAAAACAGCUCCUCAAGAUGAAGUGAAGAAUUAUUUAGAUUGUCGCUACAUAUCUCCAUGUGAGGCAGCUUGGAGAAUAUUUGAAUUUCCUAUUCAACAUCGAGAACCUGCCGUUGAAAAAUUAGUUGUGCACUUACCAAACAUGAAUUCUGUUUACUUUAGCGAACACGUGGGCAUUAGGAGCCUGUAUUAUAAUGACAAUAAUAUAAAAACUAUGCUUACAGAAUGGUUUUCCAUAAAUGCUCGGUUUGAGGAGGCGCGCGAACUUACUUAUUCAGAAUUUCCAUCGAAAUGGGUUUGGAAUUCCAGGGAUAAAAUUUGGGAAUUGCGAAAACGUGGACGUAGCAUAGGUCGAGUGACAUUUGUGCACCCAAAUGCAGGGGAAUUAUAUUAUUUGCGAAUGCUAUUAAAUAUAGUUAAAGGGCCUCGCAGUUUUGAAGAAAUACGAACAGUGGGUGAAAUUCAAUAUCCAACUUUCCAAGCGACUUGCAUGGCAUACGGUUUAUUAGGCGAUGAUAAGGAGUGGAUUCAAGUUUUGGAUGAAUCUACAGCACGGGCUUCAUCGCAACAGUUGCGUAGACUUUUUGUCAUAUUACUUAUUUUCUGCGAUGUUGGUGACCCUGUGAGGUUAUUCAAUAGGUUUUGGCGUACUUUUGCGGACGAUGUUGAAUAUAAUAUGCGUCGCAUUUUUGGUAUUGCGUAUACCACUAUACCAGACGAAUUACUGAAAAAUCACGUGCUUUUCGAGCUUGAAAAGUUAUUGAAUCGUAAUGGGAAUUCGCUUCCAGAUUACAAUCUUCCUUUGCCUGCAGGCUCUAUAUUUGCUAAUUCCGCAAACAAACUUAUUGUUGAGGAACUAUCAUUUGACCCGUUUGAUUUAAAAAUAAAAUAUGAAUCGAUGGUAAACACUCUAAAUAAUGAACAGAAGACAAUUCACGAUGAUAUUGUUAAUUCAGUUAAAUCUGGGGAUGGUAGGCUUUUUUUCAUUUAUGGACAUGGCGGAACUGGGAAAACUUAUUUAUACAAAACAAUUAUAUACAGGUUCAGGUCAGAAGGCAAGAUAGUUUUAGUUGUUGCAUCAUCUGGUAUUGCGUCGCUGCUAUUACCGGGUGGUCGAACUGCACAUUCAAGAUUUAAAAUUCCAAUUAACUUAGAUGGCUAUUCGUCGUGUGAAAUUAAAAGGGGCACACAGUUAUCAGAGCUAAUAAAACAGACUGCCUUGGUUAUUUGGGAUGAAGCGCCCAUGAACCACCGCCAUUGUUUUGAAGCCAUUGACCGUUCUUUUCGUGAUAUUUUAGCUACAUCGUGUGAAAAUUUUAAAAAUUUACCGUUUGGCGGUAAGACUUUUGUAUUGGGUGGUGAUUUCCGGCAGAUCUUGCCUGUUGUGCCCCAAGGAACGAAAGAAGAUGUACUAAACGCGUCUAUCACAAAGUCUUAUUUGUGGGAAUUAUUUAACGUUUAUAAGCUUAAUAUUAAUAUGCGCGUAAAUGAAAGUACAACCGUUUCUGAUUUUUUGCCUAAUUGUUCAUUUUCACAGUGGUUGUUGUCUAUUGGAGAUGGUAGAUAUAUGUCAAGACAAAUAGAAUUGUUUGACGAGGAAAAUAAUUGGAUAAAUAUACCUUCUAAAUUUAUAAUUACUUACGAUGACAAUCCGAUUGAGAGUAUUAUUAACUAUGUAUAUACUGAAUUUAAGGAAAGUUAUAUGCACCCCACAUAUUUACAGGAAAGGGCAAUCGUAUGUCCUCGAAACGAAGUGGUUGAAAUAAUAAAUUCUGCCGUGUUGGAUUUAGUACCUGAACAAGAUCACGUAUAUUAUAGUUACGAUAGUAUAUGUAAUAAUUCGAGUAAUUUAGAAGACUUGUUAUUGCUUUAUCCUGUUGAAUUUCUAAACACUCUUCAAUUUAAUGGCUUCCCACAACAUGCCUUGAAACUGAAAUUAAACACAUCUGUGAUGUUACUACGCAAUUUGAAUCCUUCAGUAGGUCUGUGCAAUGGAACUCGCUUACUAAUAAUUCAACUACGCGUACGUGUGAUUGAAGCUCAAAUUAUGACAGGUUCAUUUGCCGGUGAUCGGGUUUUCAUUCCGCGUAUAGUUUUGUCAGCAACAGAUAAAAAAUGGCCUUUUAUUUUAAAACGUCGUCAAUUUCCUUUGCGUGUUUGCUAUGCCAUGACAAUCAACAAAAGUCAAGGGCAAACUUUAAAUAAAAUAGGAAUUUACUUAGACAACCCUGUAUUUACGCAUGGACAGUUAUAUGUUGCAUUAUCACGUGUCACGAAUGAAAACGGACCUUUGAACAUGGCAUCUGUUGAAAUCUGCAAUAUUACAAAGGAUACAAAGCAAGUUCGAAUUAUAGCCAGAGUUGCUAGAGUCUGGGAUUUUUAUAGCCCUAAUAAUCCUGAUGUAAUAUUCAGCUUUGAGUUUCUUCUGAUUGAUUACAAGUUAUAUUCAUACUAUAUUGAUGCAUAUUGA